UGCCUAUCCCGGGCCGGGCCGCGCCCCGGCACUGCCCGCACCGACCCCGGCCCCGAGAGCAGCAGCGAGCGCUGCGAGCACGUGUCAGGAUGCCGUCCCAGCUGGAGCACGCCAUGGAGACGCUCAUGUUCACCUUCCACAAGUACGCCGGGGACAAGGAGCACCUGGCCAAGGAGGACCUGAGGGCGCUCAUGGACAAGGAGUUCCCGGGGUUCCUGGAGAACCAGCGGGACCCCAACGCGCUGGAUCGGAUCCUGCGGGACGUGGAGCAGAGCCGCGACGGCCGCGUCGGCUUCCAGGGCUUCUUCUCGCUGGUGGCCGGGCUGACCAUCGCCUGCAACGACUACUUCGUGCAGCACAUGAAGCAGCGCGGCCGCCGCUGAGGGGACGGGGCUGGGGGUGCCCCCUGCCCACCCAUGGGUGCCCCCCACCCACCCAGGGGUGUCACCAACCCACCCAGGGGUGUCACCCCAAACCCCGCCUUUGGAUCCUGUCCCAAUCCUAAAUCGGUGCCUUGAAAUCCCUUUGGGGUUCUGAGCUCUCCCUAAGGUCCUGAACACCCCCAGGGGAGCUGAGACCCCCACCCAUGGGUGCCCCCCGCCCACCCAAGGGUGUCACCAACCCACCCAGGGGUGUCACCCCAAACCCCCCUCGGUUCCUGUCCCAACCCCAAAUCUGUGCCCUGCCCCCACUUUGGGGUUCUGAGCCCCCCCCAAAAGGGGCUGAGAUCCCCCCACCCAUGGGUGCCCCCCACCCACCCAGGGGCGCCCCCCACUCAUUCAGGGGUGCCCCCCGCCCAUCCCAAGGGGUGUGACCCCAAACCCCCCUGUACCCUGUAACCCAACCCCAAAGGUGUGCCCUGACCCCCCUGCAGGAAUCCCAAAACACCCCCAGGGGUUCUGACCCCCCCACCCAUGGGUGCCCCCCACCCACCCGGGGGUGUCACCCCAAACCCCCUCAGUGCCCCCAGUAAAGGAGUUUUGUACUAAA